AUGCUCUUUUCCGAACGGGCCUGCCAGGUCAUCUUGGUAUUCAGCACGGGAAUAUUCGUUAUAAUCACCGGGUGCAUCCGCCUGGUGAAGAUGAAGACAAUGAUGUUCCUUACCGAUCCGACUUUUAACGUCACAAUCAUUGGCAUCUGGAUUGAUCUGGAGGGACAUGUCGGUCUCUGGGUCGCCUCCUCCCCCGCUCUUCAACCUCUUGUCCGCUUCGUCUCACAAAAGCUUGGGUUCCGAAGCAAGCUCCAUAGCUACGUUAACAACGGCCAAUCGAAUCCUUGUGGUAGUAGUGGUAAAAAACCAACGCCUGGGGUUUGGGCUGGCGCUACGCGCAACAAGGCCCAGGUCCAAAACUUGACCAGCAUCGACAUUACCGAAUGCCGCAGCGAGUGUAGUUUCGGACCGGAGGAAGAUGAGGAGAUAGAAAUGUACGAGAUGAGUAGGGGGGCUCGGGGAUUCACAAGCAGGUUGACGUUGAAGUCCGGAUUCAUCAGGCACCGUCGCACGAGGGUGGCUCGACAAUUGGCCCCGGAGGGAACUCUAAGAGAUGGACGGAAGUGUAAGACCAGAUGUGGCUACAUUAUUACGAGUCUACUGCCUUGGGCCUGUCUUAUGAUUACCCUGCCAAGCAUCAGAGGAGAAUAG